UACAAUUCGACGUUUGUUUUCGCCUGAAAAAUGGACGAAAAAUCGUAGGUCUACACGCACGGAAAUCCGGUCUCAACGUCUCGUUCCAAUUCGAUCCGCGUGUUCUUCACAUUUUUACAAUAUUAACUGUUUAAUCACAUUGCGGGGUAUACACACAUUUCUAUUAUUACCCAGUUGUGACUCUUUUCUUAUUGCACUAUGAUUUUGCACAUUUCACCUUCAAAAGUUAAUUUUAGAUGCAUUAUGAACUUCAACUUCGCUCCUUUUACUUUCUUUCUCAGUCUGUAAAUUGAAGCACUGAAGAGUGUUGCUGGAGAAAAGCUAUGCACAAUCUAACACCCGAAGGUCAGUUGUCAAGUGCAAAUGGUGCGGCGAAUCCGGAGAAAAUAUGCAUCCUGGAUGCUGGCGCGCAAUACGGCAAAGUAAUAGAUAGAAGAGUCCGGGAAUUAUGCGUGGAAUCGCACGUGCUGCCCCUGGAUACACCGGCCUUUAACAUAAAAGAGGCUGGAUACAAAGCCAUCAUAAUUUCAGGGGGGCCCAGUUCAGUAUACGCUGAGGACGCUCCUAGGUAUGAUGCGGACAUAUUCAGGAUAGGUUUGCCCGUUUUGGGCAUUUGCUAUGGCAUGCAGAUGAUGAACAAAGAGUUUGGAGGCACUGUAAUCAGGAAGGACACCAGAGAGGAUGGACAGUACACCAUUGAAGUCAAUACCAAAUGUCUUUUAUUCAAAGGACUGGAGAAGAACCAACAGGUAUUGUUGACGCAUGGCGAUUCGCUGGACAAAGUGGCAGACAACUUCAAAUCAAUAGCCCAAAGUUCAUCCUUCUGUGCGGGAAUUUGCAACGAAAAACUCAACCUGUAUGGCGUCCAAUUUCAUCCCGAGGUCGAUCUCACCACCAACGGCAAACUGAUGCUCAAGAACUUCUUGUGUGACGUCGCCGGACUCACUGGCAACUACACCAUGCAAGGACGAGAAGCGGAAUGCAUCAAAUACAUAAAAGAAUCAGUCGGCGACAACAAGGUGUUGCUGUUGGUAAGCGGCGGCGUGGACAGCACUGUAUGCGCCGCCCUACUGCACAAAGCGCUUCGCCCUGAUCAAAUAAUCGCCAUCCACAUCGACAAUGGGUUCAUGAGGAAAAACGAAAGUGAGAAGGUGCACAGCUCGUUGCAGAAGGUCGGUUUGAAUCUGCGCGUCAUUCGCGCUGCAUCCAGCUUCUAUGAGGGUACGACGGUCGUGCCAAUCGACAAGACGGAAAACUCGCGCACUAAAAUCACCAAGCUGCUAUGCAUGACUUCGAACCCGGAGGAGAAACGAAAAAUAAUCGGCGAUGUGUUUGUGAAGAUAUCCAACGAGAUCGUGGCUGAUUUGAAUUUAAAUCCUGACGAGGUGCUGCUGGCGCAGGGCACUCUCAGACCCGACUUGAUCGAGUCUGCGUCCUGUCAUGCGUCCGGUAAGGCCGACACGAUCAAAACGCAUCACAACGAUUCCGAUCUCAUCCGGAAACUAAGGGACGAAGGUAAAGUAAUUGAACCACUGAAAGACUUCCACAAGGACGAAGUGCGUGCUUUGGGCAGAGACCUAGAGUUGCCAAAUGAAUUGGUGAUGCGACACCCGUUCCCUGGCCCCGGUUUGGCGGUGCGUGUUCUGUGCGCCGAAGAACCUUACAUGGAGAGAGAUUUCUCCGAGACGCAAGUCUUGGUCAAAAUCAUCGUGGAGUUCGAUCAGAUGUUGCAGAAGAAGCACGCGCUGCUCAACCGGGUAGAAAGUGUCACAAAUGACGAAGAACGGGAAACUUUGCGUAGGAUAUCGAACAAACAAAAACUUGCUGCUACGCUAUUGCCAAUCAGAAGUGUAGGCGUACAAGGAGACUGUCGUUCUUACUCGUACGUGGUGGGUAUUAGUAGCGACGUAGAGCCGGACUGGGAAGACAUGAUGUUCUUGUCGUCGCUGAUACCACGUAUCUGUCGCAACGUCAAUCGUGUUUGUUAUAUUUUCGGCGGAAUCGUCAAGGAACCACUGCCCGACGUCACCCCCACUUAUCUCACUAGCAACGUGCUCAGUACCAUCCGACAAUGUGAUGACGUAGCCACGAGUAUUUUGCACAGUAGCGGCUAUAGUAGUUGUAUAAGUCAAAUGCCUGUGAUUCUUCUGCCUCUGGACUUUGAUCGGGAUCAGGCGUUGCGCAUUCCCUCGUGUCAGCGAUCGGUCGCGUUGCGUCCCUUCAUCACCGAAGAUUUCAUGACCGGCAUUCCAGCCGUGCCCGGAAAACAGCUGCCCGUUGAAGUCAUACAAAAAAUGGUGUCGGAAGUGUUACAAGUGCCGGGUAUUUCUAGAGUAAUGUAUGAUCUGACCUCGAAGCCGCCAGGAACGACGGAAUGGGAAUAAAAACAGUGAUUGUAUAAAUUAUAAAUGUAUAAUUUUUUUUUUUUGGUUAUUGAAAUCUGAACAGACUUUUAAACAAGGCUUCUGUUUUAUAUAUUGUUAUUGAAAAAACUGUGUAAUCAAGUUAUGGCACGUUCGGAUUCGUCACGAGGCACUGUAAAUUAUCCAAUUUUAGCUAUUACAAUAGUAAUGAAUAGAGCGUUUUCUUUUUUGUUUUUAUUUAAUUUGCGUCGCGACGAAUCCGCAAUGACCCUUUACAAGUCUUAAACUGCACCACACAUGGCUCAACAAUUGUAUAUUAAAUGAGAUAUUUGCAACAAAUUGUUAACCGAUUCAUUACGGUUUUUAUGUUGUCCCUCUUCCUAAUCAACUGAAUUAAUUGUACUUCCGAUUCUCAUAUUUAUAUUAAUCAAUUAAUAUGUUGAAACCCAAAAUAUUGAUUUAUUGUGGCGUGAAUAUUUUGAGGUUCUUAGUACGAUUUCGGUAGCCCCUCCAAUCACAUUAUGUUUAUCAUACAUAAUAACUUAUUUUAUAUUUGUUUAGUUUCAAUAAAACGGUUCUAUAAAA